CUAAUGGCAGAUUCCUGUUGCUAUUCUAUAAUUUUUAACGACAAUGUCGAUAUCGUUACAGCAUCGUUGCGCAGAUAAUUGAUAUGGUAAAGAAGCUGCGCAACGACACAGCGAUAUCGACAUUGUCGUUAUUAAAAAUUACAGAAUAAGUUUGCUGAGAUUAUUGUACUUAUCCUGACAACACAGGAUAUUAUAUUGGAUGUAUUCGAACUGACGAAACAGUUGACUUGCUUGCGCAACGGAAUGAGCUCCAGCACUCUUACUGCAAGAGCAGAGGAAUAUUUUUUUAAUAUAAAUCCUAUAGCUCGAAGGAUCGGUGAGGAUAUAACAGCAACGAAGGAGGCCUAUGAAGGACUAUGGAGCACCUUGAACACAGCGGAGCGCAAUCAAGCCAUCAACGAGACUAUAAUUCAGCCUGAGAUAGCUUUGAAGUACACCUUGAAGAAGAUCGAGUUGACAAAGGAGUUACCUGAGUGGUAUCCAAAACUGCGCAUACAAACUGGAAUGAAAUAUGUCAUAGAUGAAACCGGUUCAACGUUACGAUGGCGAGAUGAACACUCUGCACCAUUUUCGUUUAUGACUCAAUCACAGAUGAAUCUUAGUCUGAUAGAUUCCAACGAAGAUGUAAAAUCUAGGUCAAUGAGGACUCAUUUUGGAGAAUUACCGCAUUUUUCUAGUCCUGCGAAGACACAAAGAAACAAUUGCUCAUUAAGUGAUAACUAUAACUCCCUACACCAAGUCAGUUAUCCAUCAGAUUGUUACACCAACGAUUUAUUUGAAAAUGAUCAGUGCAGCGAUUUACUGACAAAUGAAAUUGACAGCGAACAUUCUGACAGUAUAUUUGUUAAAUUGAUCAACAAGACUUCUUUAUUGAAGUUACAAAGUAAUGUCGAGGAUGACUUGGAAAGUUUGAUGAGGGAUUCCGAUACGGACAAAAGUCAAUCGAAUACUUUAGUGGUGACAUCACGAACGAAAUCGAGCGACAUAAAUGAAUCGACCGCUCUGUUAGAAACACCCAGUUCCUAUAGUAGCUUUCAGUCAUCCCAAUUGAAUCAAGAAGAUGAAGAGAGAAGCAUACCAAAGACUGGAUUUGAGUUUCUCGAUAAUUGGUAAACUCAUUCCGUAGAAAGAAAUGAUUGAAUUAUUCGAAUA